AUGGACGCAGCAUCGCCCGAGCCGUCGCUGGCAGGGUUGUCGCUAGGUGGCUCGACCUAUGUGCCUUCGCGCUCGACGUGUCCGGAUCAAGCGACAGCCAGCGACGCCUCGAAAUUCACUCUCCCAGCGUACACCAGCUUCCCGCCUUUCUAUACACUGCAACCCAACUUGACCACUCGCGCCCGACAACUGCAAUUGUGGUCGACGUUAAUCAUCGCGUACUGCGCUCACCAUCGUCUGUUCAAGCUCUCCCUCUCAUCCCCACCAGCGGAUCUCUUCAGCAACACAGCCAUCAAAAGGAGCCUCAAACCCAAUGACGUUCGAUCUGUCCUCGACCACAUGAGCCAGCCCGCGAACGGAUCGUUAGUCGAGUGGAUUGCGCCUACAACCAGAGGAGAGCAAACGCACACAUGCUUUGUGUAUUGGCGGAGCUUGAGCGAAUGGGCGGACUCCAUUUACGACUGGGUGGACGAGACAGGCCAGAAAGGCGCUGUACUGACAGUGUACGAAAUACGAGAGGGCGAGGCAGUGCAGAACAAGGAGUGGAAAGAUAUCGACGAGGUUUUGCUGAGGAAGAUUUUCCAUGUCCUCGUCAAACGAGGCAGAGCCCAGAUCUUCGGGCAGGAAGAGAACGCAGGCGUCAAGUUCUUCUAG